GGUCCGUUCCAUCCCCCGCCGGUCUCGUGUGUAGGUACUUACGAGUAUCACCACCACUACUACCGCCAACUGCGCCGCAUCUUAGACUCGAUCUCAGCUAUUCCUACAAUUUCGCAGUGGAGAGACCUCAAUCUCAGUGGAAGGUCGAGCUGCUGGCGAUCCUGCCAUAUUCUUCUCUUGUACUCUUAUUUUGGAUAUCCUCAACCGCGAUGUGCAUUCUCUCGCUCCAUACCAUAUGAUCACAUAUAAAGACUACGUCGUUUCUGCCACCUUCUAGUCCCGCAAGUCGAGCAACUCAUAAGAUGCGUUGAAAAGAACCUCUGAGCGAAGGUCUCUCUCUGGAACAAAUGGAGCCGGAUACCAUGCGCAGGACUCCCCAGUGAUCAUGGCUGCAGCUCUCAAGAACAAUGUCGAAGACGCAAAGCAGACUGCUUUGUCCCCUCGACUCAAAGGUCGAGAAAAUGCCAAAGAUACGCUUUGUCGCAAUGUUACAAUCUACGGGAAAUGCCGCUAUGAAGACAAAGGCUGUGCUUUCAGUCAUACCAUGGAAAAGCCAGCCUCCGAUGGCGCAUAUAGCGAUAGGUCUACCGACCCAAGCCUCAACCUACCGAAACAAUUCGCUAACCCCAAGCUCAGUCAGUUAAGGAAGGCCUUCAAUGUGGAAUCUCCCAGCUUCACUCCCACCUUCCUGUCUCCGAACGGGGCCAAUGCGACUGUCAAAAAGACGGCAGGCAUUUCUCCUAAGGCAGCAAGUGCUGCCCCGUUCCUGCCAAAAGCAAUCAUUUCGAGAUCAUCCAAUGCCACACCACUUCGUCAAGAUGCCAGGACUCCAGAUUGGGCGGUGGCAGACGUGCAAGAGUUUGUACCGCGACAGGCUCAAGAACCCCAGAUGACAAACGAAAACGAGAUCCCGGUUGCGCAUACGUUCGAACCUUUCCAAGCAAAUCACACCACCAACCCCUAUCUCGAUCAUAGCAUGAAUGGUGCAGCCUUUUUCCAGGGUGGGACUGGUUUUCAACAGCCGGUGCAAUAUCAUCAAUAUGCACCAAUCGGGCCCUUCAGCACCAACCUGGCUCCAUAUCAGCGCACCGUGCAUGACCUUUUCAUCCCCAACGAUCUUCGCGAAGAAAUACAAAAGAAGUCUGCGGCGACUCUGCAGACCCUGCCCAACUCACAACUGCCGAGCCACAUCGAAAAUUAUCACUCGUUGGUGCCACUAGAUACCAAUCACAAAAGUUCUACUAUUUUUGGAGGCUAUCAUUCGUGGGUCUAUAAAGCUCAGUCGAGCGCGAAUGGACACUUCUUUGCCCUGAGAAGAAUCGAGGGUUUUCGGCUAACGAAUGAGCUUGCCAUUCGGUCUGGACAGGCGUGGAAGAAUGUGGUCAGUCCGAAUGUUGUCCGCGUUGUGGAUGUCUUCACGAAUCGCGCCUUCGGCGACAGCUCUCUCUUCUUCGCUACAGAUUACCAUCCUCUGUCAAAGACUCUACUGGAGCAUCAUCAUAUAGGACCGACCUGGGCGCGUCCCGGGCGUGGCACCAAAGACCAAGUUCUCGAGCCGGUCCUCUGGAGCUAUGUGGUACAGAUCGCUUCGGCCAUAAAGGCGAUACAUAGCAGUGGUCUGGCUGCUCGAUUGCUGGACCCGAGCAAGAUUCUUGUGACAGGCAAGAAUCGGAUUCGACUAAAUGGCUGCGGGAUCAUCGAUGUCGUUCAGUUCGACAGCAACGUUGUACCUCUUCCGCAGCUACAAAGGCAGGACCUCGUCAAUUUUGCACUAGUCAUCCUUUCCCUGGGGUCUGGAACUGCUGAUGCGGGGGCCAAUUUCGCUCGCAGCAUGGAUCUGUUCAAACGAUUUUACAAACCAGAAUUGCAGACUGCCGUUGUUUGGCUAUACUCAUCAAUGCAUGACAACGAAAAGACGAUCGACCAGUUCCUGCAAUUGAUCUCCAACCAAAUGGUGACAGCCUUUAGCGCUUCGCUCCACACUGAUGAUGCAUUAUACUCGGAGUUGAGCCGGGAAGUUGAGAACGCGCGGCUGGUACGUCUAAUGGCCAAGUUGAACUUCAUCAACGAAAGGCCCGAGUUCGAACAUGACAGAGCCUGGUCAGAAAAUGGGGAACGAUAUUUCCUAAAACUCUUCCGGGACUAUGUAUUCCACCAUGUCGACGCACAAAAUCGCCCUGUCGUAGACCUUGGGCAUGUUCUGACCUGCUUGAACAAAUUGGAUGCUGGCACUGAGGAACGAGUUACGUUGAUCAGUCGAGAUGAGCAAAGUUGUUUCGUGGUGACCUACAGAGAGUUGAAGAAAGGGAUCGAAUCUGCAUUCCAGGACCUGAUGAAAAGGAGUGCACCUUUGCGUUGAAAUGCUUGCAAACCAUGAAAUGCAGGUUAUACGGGUGCGGCAGGGCCAGCUGGAGUUCAAACAGUCAGACCGAGUGCAAAAGCUGAAAGACCGGACGGAGAUUUGAAAGGUGAGUGAUCUGUGGAUUUGUGCCACCACCUUUGGAGUGUAGCAAAAUGCUUUCUCGUCUCUGGAAGGAGGCUAGCAUCUAGAUGGGUUGAAUAUAGAGAGCAGAAGACG